AUGUGCCCUUUACCCCGCGCCAAGGGUGCGCGCGGCCCCAUCUCGUGGCUGCACAACGCGCUCUGCUCCCCACAUCACGCAGCGCUGCUGCGAGCCCCCGUCGCCCUCUUCUUCCUGCUCCUCGUCGCCGUAUGGAUAUCGGGGGCGUUCCACUGGCCCUUGUUCUCCCUCCCCGCAUUAAGCGCCGUCGAAAGCGGCGUCGGGCCGUCUGAACUAGCUGUGGAAAUGGCGCGGCUGCAGGCGAUCGAGAGGCUUACCUCGAGACUGUCGAUCGGAUCGACGAAGCCGCGUGAUGACGAGGCAGCUGGAGACGACGUGAAGAGGAAAGCACCGCGAAAGGUGGCCGGCGGAAAUGCACAUCCGACAGUGAGUUGGGAUGAACGGGGGAGUGUGAACAAAGAGCCGAGUGGUAAGGAAGUCGCGCACGACACGGACUUGCCAGUGGAGCAGGAGACGUCAGCGGGAAAUGCAGGUGGAUCGCGAAAACGUGACGGAGUGGAGGUAGGGCGGCGGGAGGAUGCGCGCGAAGGGAUCGAUGCGUCGGAUGCUCUCAAUGGAUCGACUAUUGGAGAUGGGGGCAGCGGAAAAGGCACGGGCCGGGAGGAGAGGACGAGCGAGCCAGAGUUUAAGACGGAAGAGGCAAGAGAGGCAAGGCGGGGAGGGGAGAAGCGAGGUGAGGAAGAUGAAGGGAGGCGAGGUGGUGGCGGUGACUCUGACAGCGAGGAAGCCACAGGCGGGGUGGACGGUGAUCAACUCGAUCCAGCCACCCCCACCACCCAUGCUGAUGGCGCUGCUGCUACUGGUGCCGCUCUCAGCGGGAAUGAGGGUGAUUUCACUGCUGCUGCCCACGAUCCCCCGACUACGGCAGCUGCUGAGCGGGAUGCCGCAACCAACGUGUCGGAUCACUCCACGUCAUCACCUCCUUCCGACGAGAACGCGUCAUCAGCAUCGCCGAACGGGAACGACGACGUCUCGCAGGCGUCGCCAUCCGUCGCGCAGCCCUCAUGCGACGGCCGCCGUGUGUUCGUCUACUCCAUGCCGCCCGUCUUCAACGACGACAUCGUUCGCACGGCGUGCGACGACGACCCGCUGCUCGCAUGGCUCACCUGCGACGCCUUCCGCAACCGCGCGCAGGGUCCCCGCCUCCCCGCCAACCGCGACGGCGGGCGCGCGCUCAUCGCAGCGCUUCUGGCGGCGAAGAUGGAAACUGCGCAGGCGCGCGUGGAGCGGGAAGUGGAAGACACGGAAGGGGCGGAAGCGGGGGAGUGGGCGUGGCUGCACCGGUGGUACAGCACGGAGCAGCACCAGAUCGAAGCGCACUUCCGCACGCGCUUGGAGAACCACCCGUGCCGCACGCACGACGAUACCGAGGCUGACGUGUUCCUGGUGCCGGCUUAUAUGGGGUGGAACGCGUAUAAGAACACGCUUCACUCGGGCCACUUUCCGCACCCAGGUCUUGCGCUCAAGGAGUUUCUUCUCGGGCAGCCCGCGUUUCAGCGAACCAAGGGAGCGCGCCACGUGGUGGUGCUGGGGCGCGCGAUCUGGGACUUCGCCAAUUACAAGCAAGUGGACGACCCGCCGCAUUACAACGUUGUCUUCGUUCCGGAGCUCGCUAAUGUCACAUUCCUUACAGUCGAGCAGCCGCCUUAUAGAGAGAGCUACGCCAUGCCUAUAUUCUCAGUACCGUACACCACCACUUUCCACCCCGCGUCGCUCGCGGAAAUCAACCACUGGCUCGAGCUCGUUGCCGCGCGCCGCCGCCCAUUCCUCUUCUCCUACGUGGGCGGACGCCGCCCCUCGGGGACCACGAGCGGGCCACUGCGCAAGGCGCUGAUCGCGGAGUGCGAGCGCGCGGGGAACGCGACGUGCCUGUGGAUGAAAUGCACGGGCCCCGACGAGGUGGGGCAGGAGCUGCCGCUCUUCACGGCGGCGGACGCGGUGGCGGACGCAGGGACCGCGCUGGGGGCGGCGGUGGAGGCGGUGGUGGGGAGCGCGGCGCCGCGGGACGCGGAGGGGGAGGACGUGACGGAGUGGGUGCCGUCGGGAUGCUAUGACACGUGGCAGGUGGCGGUGGUGAUGCUGCAGAGCCGGUUCUGCCUUCAGCCGACAGGGGACAGCUCUGUUAGACGCUCCACGUUUGACUCGUUAUUAGCAGGCUGCAUUCCCGUGUUCUUUAAAGAGGACAGCUUUAACAUGCAGUACCCGUGGCACUUCCCCGAAGACAGGAGCAGCAUCUCCGUGACGCUGGACGAGGCGCACGUGCUGAAUGGGACGGUUGACGUGGCAGCUGAGCUGGCGGCGAUCCCGGAGGAGCGUGUGGCGAGCAUGCAAGCGAGGAUCAGGGAGUUGGUGCCGCAGCUGCUGUACCGCCACAUGGCACUGCCACGUGGCGGGGAAAGGGGGGAGGGGAGGGUUGGGGGGAAUGCUGAGGGUGGUGCGGUGGAGAUUGGUGACGGGGAGUGGAAGGAUGCUUUUGAUGUGUCGUUUGACAGCCUUCAGGCAUGCGCAGCAGCAGCACGCUGUGGUGUGGUGGCCUCCCCAUUGCUCACUGCCUGGAGUUGGAGCAGCAGAGUGGGGUGGCUGACAGGGGUGGAUGGGGGGCAGCUGCGGGUGUGGCAUGUCAGAGAAGAGUUGGAUCGACGGAGCCAAGGGGGCAGGGGACAAGGGGGCAGGGGACAAGGGCUCAAGGGGGCAGGGGGCAAGGGGGCAGGGGGCAAGGGGGCAGGGGGCAAGGGGGCAGGGGGCAAGGGGGCAGGGGGCAAGGGGGCAGGGGGCAAGGGGGCAGGGGACAAGGGGGCAGGGGACAAGGGGGCAGGGGACAAGGGGGCAGGGGACAAGGGGGGGAGCCAUGGGGUGAGUGAGGAGAAGCACAGCAGCAGGCAGUCAAGAGGAGGCAGCUCGCUUGGCAGCCACCAUGAAUGGGGGCCACAUGGCCAUGGGAUGGGUUAA